UGCUUCUUCAUAAAAUUCCAUCCAAUCCAUCAACCGGAAUUACUCAACUUUUAAUAUUGUCUCGGCACAGGAUCCUUGACCAGUCCUUUUAAUCAACAAAGAAGCUACAUUAAUGGAGAUCCCAUCGGUCCGGUGGCUAUCCGAACUGGGAAUGGAGGACCCUGCCUUCAUUCAUGAAUGUCAGAUGGACUCUUUUGAUGGAUUCAGCACACAACAAAUAGCAGCUACGCUUGGGCAAGAUUUCCAGCACUCUUUCUCUUCUGAGAGUUUUUCCUCUUACCCGACUUUCAAAACACGAAGCAACACCGCCACACCGACCACCGCCUUCAGCGGUUCUUCCAUGGAUGCAUCUCACACCGGCGUCGAAAGACCUGCAAAGCAGAUCAAGACAAACAGUUGGAAUUCUUGCACCACCGAAAACAUAUCAUCCACGCCCGAAGCUUCGUCUUCUCCCAACAUUCUUUCUUUCGGCAACCCCAACUUGCCCAUCAAUCAAGCUCAGCAGUUGUAUGGUAAUCUAAUGGGUAAUAUGGACGAGGCGGUCUCAUCUGCAAACAUGAUCUUCCCAUCCUACGUGACCCAAAAUUAUGUGUUUAAACCCGGUCAUGGGACUAAGAGGAUGAAUUCGGCAACGACGAAACCUCCCUCACACACUCAAGAUCACAUAAUAGCAGAAAGGAAGAGGAGAGAAAAGCUCAGUCAGCGCUUCAUAGCUCUCUCGGCCAUUGUUCCAGGCUUAAAGAAGAUGGACAAGGCUUCUGUUCUUGGAGACGCUAUCAAGUAUUUGAAGCAACUGCAAGAGCGAGUGAAGAUAUUAGAGGAACAGACGGUCAAGAAAAGAGUGGAAUCUGUGGUGUUAGUCAAGAGAUCUCAGAUCUCGGCCGAUGAUGACAAUUCUUCCUCCGAUGAGAAUAACUUGGGUGGGGGUCGCUCCGAUGAUGAGGCGGCACUCCCGGAAAUAGAAGCGAGAGUGUCGGACAAGGACGUGCUCAUAAGAGUUCACAGUGAGAAACAGAAAGGAGUUGUUGCGAAGGCACUGGCCGAGAUAGAGAAACUCCACCUGACUGUUGUCAACAGCAGUGUCAUCCCCUUUGGGAAAUCAGCUCUCAAUAUCACCAUAGUUGCUGUGAUGGAACCCGAGUUCUCCAUGAAAGUGAAGGAUCUUGUGAGGCAUCUCAAUUCAGCUUUUAGACAAUUUAUGUAAGAAGAAUAAUACGAAUAAGAAAGAAGAAAGAAGAAGAAAUAUGUUAUGGAGCCUCAGUUCCAAUUGGUUUUAAUCAAAGUGUAUAGAAGAAGAAUAUCUUUUUUUGGCUUCUUUGUGGAUAGAAGCUUGGAAAGAUGAGGAAUUAAAUGAUGGUGGGUGGCUUACUGUCAGUCAGCUUAAGGUCCUCCAUUUUUUCUUCAGAAAGAAGUAAUCCAGUAAAAGAAAUCUGAAGAAAUAAAACAAGGCCUAAAAUUCUGCUGAUGAGUCCCCUUGUUGGCCCUGAGGUUCGUUUUGCAGGAGGGUUUUUUUUGUUCGUCCAUUUGCUCUGGUCUCCCUUUUUUUUUUUUUUUGCGCAGUCGACUUGUUGACCGCGUUUAUGUUGGGCAGUGAGCACCCCCACCUCACCUGUUAUUGUGGUAAACAAAACCUCGGGGCUUAUACUGGACAAUUCACAGUUCCAUUUUUUUAGUCUUUGUUUGACUUUUCAAUACACCAUCACUGGAUCCCCUGGUGGGCCGGGUCUCCACCCGUGUGAAAAUGGUCUAUCCAUAAUUUUUUUUUUUUUUUUCCUUGGUUUGGUUAGCACUAGCAGGUAGGAGUGCAGACCUUGAUUAAGAAGUUUGGUUUGAUUGGGAAUUUGGGAGGCUGCUGACUGAAAUUUUUUACCCUUCAGGUCAUUCAAUUGUAAUGUUCCUUUUUCUUCUUCUUCUUCUUUUUCUUUCAACAUGUAUUGACAUUAUUGUUUGUUUGAUUACCAAAAAAAAAAAAAGAAAAAAAACAUUGUUGUUUGUUGUGAGUUGUGACGUAAAACUGGU